AUGUCGACAACCUCGGUCGAAGAAAAAGGCACUCCCCUCCCCGGCGAGGAGAAGAUUGCCCUCGAACAACUCGUUCCCGACGACCAAGAGAGACAACAAUCGAUUUCAGAAGACGAGAUAGAACCUGCCCCCGAAGGCGGUCUGAGAGCAUGGCUCGUCGCUUGCGGAGCGGCGUCCGUGUUCUUCUGCUGUCUGGGAUUUUCCAACUCGUUUGGCACGUUCACCGAGUACUACCUGACUCACCAGCUUCGCGACCAUACUCCCGACGAUGUGGCCUGGAUUGGUUCUCUUUCUGCGUUUUUGCAGUUCUUUACGGGCAUGAUUGGAGGGCCCAUGUUUGACCGCUAUGGAAUUAUGCAACCCGCGGCCGUCAUCUACAUCUUCGCAGUCAUGAUGCUCAGUCUCUGCAAAACAUACUGGCAAAUCAUCCUCGUCCAGGGCGUCCUCAUGGGCAGCACCAUGGGCUUCCUCCAAUUCCCAGCCAUGGGCGCGCUCGCCCACUACUUUGACAAGAAGCGAGCCGCCGCCUUUGGAGUCGCAAUCUCCGGCUCCUCCAUCGGCGGCAUCAUCAUGCCCAUCGCCGUGUCCCGGAUGCUCAACGCCACGUCCAUCGGGUUUGGCUGGACUGUCCGAAUCAUUGGCUUCCUCAUGGUGCCCUUCAUGGCCUUUUCCAUCAUCGUCAUCAAGGCCCGCCUGCCGCCGCGCCCAACCGCCUUCUUCAUCACUGGCGUGUUCCGAGACGCAAAGUUUAUGCUGCUCAUCACGUCCACCUUCUUCGCCUUCAUCGGAAUGUUCAUGCCCAUCAUCUUCCUCCCGACGUAUGCCGUGGAAGCUCGAGGAAUGGGCGCAACGCUGGCUGGCUACUUGCCCGCCAUUCUCAAUGCGGCUUCGACCUUUGGCCGUGUCAUCCCGGGCAUUCUGGCUGACAAGUACGGAAAGAUGAACAUGUAUGCCGGGGGAACCAUCGUCACCGCCGUCGUUGCCUUUUGUAUGAACUCGACGCACAACAAUGCGGGCAUCAUCGCUUAUGCAGCCAUUUUCGGGUUUACCUCUGGCACAAUCAUCUCGGGAGCAACAGUCACCAUCACGAGCUGUGCCGAUGACCCGCGCAAUAUCGGCACUUAUACGGGCAUGGGAUUGGCCUUGGGAGCUGUUGGAGUCUUGAUAGGACCUCCUAUUGACGGCGCCUUUGUGGCCCAUUAUAAGAGCUUCGAGCAGGUCACCAUGUUUAGCGGUGCCAUGUGCCUUGUUGGCGGCAUUCUCGUACUUUUGGCCAAAGCUGCAACUCCUCAAGGAAUUUUCGGCAAAUCAUGA